CACAGGGGUUUUCAAUGCGGCCGGAUCAAGAGGCACUAUAGAUAUUCAACUAUGGUAUCAAUGGUAGCAAUGACCUGUAUAAUUUUGUGAAUAAAUUAUGCUUGUAAUGAAGUAGUUGAUGAUUCCAAAUGCAAUAACAAAACAUGGUGGCAGCGUGCGGACUGUGAGUGUUUAAAGCUAGGCUGUUUUAGGAAGUUUUUUAACACGGAAGCAACCCACGUGGAGAGAUUUUUUUUUCCCUGCCAAAAUGCCAGACACCGAAGCGACAGGGGGUGUCGAAGUAUCUGUAGGUCCGGCAUCAUCCGUUUAUCAAAUCCCAGCACCGGAGCUGUUUUCUUUCAAAGCCGAGGAUUGGGAACAAUGGCAGUCGCGUUUUUUGAGGUUUCGCAGUGCCUCUGGUCUGGAGCUGAAGUCCAGCAAAGACCAGGUAAACUCUCUCAUUUAUCUUAUGGGCGCACAGGCCGAGUCAAUAUUUCAAUCGUUCAAAUUAUCGGAUGACGACGCAUGCAAGUUCGAUAUCGUAUUGGCCCGAUUUAAAAAUCACUUCGUACCAACUAAAAACAUAAUUUACGAACGGUACUUGUUUCACACGCGUUAUCAAAAGGAGGGUGAGAGUGUGGACGAUUUUGUAACAGCCUUGCAUACUAGAGCACAAGACUGUAAAUUUCCAGUGGCGUUUCGCGAAGAAGCUAUUAGGGAUCAGGUCGUAGUGGGUAUUCGGGAUAAAACUUUGUCUGAAAAGUUACAACUAGAUGCGGCUUUAACGUUAGAAAAAGCGGUAAAUACAGCUAGACAAUCAGAGGUUGUUAAAAAGCAGCAAGAAGCAUUUCGUAGUGCUGCGAGUUCCGUUGACCGUGUGUCGUCGCGUUCGAGCGGUCUUAAAAAUACAAAAUACCAUCCUCCUCGCGAAAAAACUCAACAAAAGGACACAAAUAAAGACAACUUGUGCUUUUGGUGCGGUCAUACGCGUGAACAUAAAAAGCAGGACUGCCCCGCGCGGACAGCAGUCUGUAGCAAGUGCAAAAUUAAAGGACAUUACGCGCGCGUGUGCAAAUCUAAGUCAAAGACUGUCGGAGCUACUCAGUCGGUUGAUGAUGACGCGUUCGUUGGGGAAACGUCUUCGAAUAAAUUAGAUUCAUGGCAUACUAAUGUUAAAAUUAGCGGAAAAAUGGUAAACGUGAAAGUCGAUACAGGUGCCGAUGUAAGCGUCAUGCCAGUUACCACUUACAAGUCAAUGUUUGCUAAUCAUGAGUUGACACCAGCUGAUAGACUCGUAGCUGGGCCUGGUGGAGAGAGAUUAAAUGUUUUUGGGAUUUUUCAAGCCAGGGUUUCUGUGAGAAAUGUUUCAGUCUCUGAAAGUUUUUAUGUGGUUCAGGGAGCAACACGGAUGUUACUAGGUCUUAACGCGUCUGAAAAUCUGGGACUAGUUCGCCGUUUGUUUGAAGUCAAAGCUAGGGCGGUAUCCUUCGAUCCUCAUCAAAGUUAUCCUGAUCUGUUCCAAGGGUUAGGAAAUGUAAAGCACCUGUAUUCGAUCAAAAUUAAUAAGGAUGCAGUCCCAUUUGCCAUAAGCGUCCCUAGGCGCGUCCCCUUACCCUUAAAAGGUGAACUCAAAAAGGAAUUAGAUGACAUGUGUGCUAAAGGAGUCAUUGAACCUAUUAGUGAACCCACUGAGUGGUGUGCUCCACUUGUCAUUGUACCCAGACGCUCAGGUCGCAUGCGCCUCUGUGUAGACCUGUCUCAACUCAACAAAGCAGUAGAAAGGGAAUACUUUCCAAUUCCAGACGUGAAUUUCACUCUUGGACAGUUAGAGGGAGCCAAAGUUUUUAGCAAACUUGAUGCAAACAACGGCUUCUGGCAAAUCCCGCUUUCUGAGGAUAGCAUGUCGCUGACAACCUUCAUAACUCCAUUCGGGAGGUUCAAAUUCCGUCGACUACCUUUUGGUCUGUCUUCUGCUCCAGAGGUUUUUCAGAAAAGGAUAAGUCAGGCAUUGGAAGGUCUUGAAGGUGUCGUCUGUCACUUCGAUGACGUCGUAAUUUUUGGGAAAGACUCAGAGGAACAUGACUCUCGCUUGGACGCUGUGUUAAAAAGGCUCAGGAAAACUGGGUGGACUUUAAAUAAAAGCAAGUGUGAGUUUCGAAAGAACACCAUUACGUUGCUUGGGCAUGUUGUUUCCAAAGAAGGGGUUGUCCCAGAUCCCUCGAAAGCUAAGGCAAUUCUUGAGAUGCCUGUACCUACAAACGUCACCGAGCUGAAAAGGUUUCUAGGCAUGAUUAAUUUCUUAGGAAAGUUUGUGCCUAACCUGUCAUCAAUCGCACAACCACUUUACGAAUUGUUACGUCAUGACAAGGAUUGGUAUUGGGGCGAGGAGCAAGCGAAAGCACUGAAAUCUGUGAAGCGAGCUAUUGCUGAACCACCAGUUCUUGCUCUCUAUGAUAGCAACAAGGAGACCUUACUGUCAGUUGACUCAUCAUCACAUGGACUUGGGGCCGUGCUGAUGCAACGAGAUCCAGGGGCAAGUUUCAAACCAGUAGCGUUCGCAUCCCGUACGCUGAGUCAGAGUGAGAAACGUUAUGCCCAGAUUGAAAAGGAGGCCACUGCAAUUGCGUGGGGCUGUGAAAAAUUUUGUGAUUACAUAACCGGCAAAUCCAUCACUGUUGAAACGGAUCAUAAACCGCUAGUAGCGAUCCUAGGUGAAAAAGACUUGGACAGUCUCACACCACGCCUUCAGCGCAUAAAAAUGCGGCUAAUGAGGUAUGCUUAUGUGGUGAAGUAUACUCCUGGGAAAGAAUUGGUAAUUGCAGAUACCUUAUCUAGAAGCCCGGUUGAUACUGAAGAUUCUCAGGAAUUAGCAGAAGAAAUUUUGGCGUAUGUGCAAUACAUAAUUUCUUCAUUUCCGUCUACUGAUGAUAGGCUGUCAGAAAUAGUGUUGGGUCAACACGAGGAUCCGGUUUGUUGUGAACUUUCCAAGUACUGUUCUGAAGGAUGGCCAGCACGUCAUAGUAUCUCUCAAGAGUGUGUCCCAUACUGGCAGCACAGGAACAGAAUUACUCUGCAGGAAGGACUUUUAAUGAAGGAUAGCAGGAUCGUUAUUCCUCAGUCAUUACGUAAGGACAUCUUAGACAAACUUCACAAUGGGCAUCAAGGCAUCUCCAAGUGUCGUUCCUUGGCUAAACAAUCUGUUUGGUGGCCCGGGUUAUCAACUCAACUUGAAGAGCUGGUUAAGAAUUGUGUGUCCUGUAUCAAUAAAGACCAACUAGAUCCUGUGGAACCUUUAAUUCCCUCCGAGCUCCCACAACGUCCAUGGCAGGUUGUAGGAACAGACUUAUUAAAACUGAGUGGACAGUGGUUUCUUAUAGUUGCGGACUAUUAUUCGAGAUUUUUCGAAAUCGCGAAACUUAAGAACUUAACGUCGGAGUGCGUGAUAACACAUAUGAAGUCAAUAUUCGCGCGGUACGGGGUGCCGGAAGUAGUUAGAUCUGAUAACGGGACACAGUUUUCGCAAACGACCCUGACUUCAGAAUAUCGUAAAUUCGCGAAACGGUUCGGGUUCAACGUCAUAACCUCCAGCCCAAAUUUUGCGCAAAGUAACGGCUUUAUUGAAUCCCAAGUGAAAAACUUUAAAAAUCACUUUAAGAAGAGCGAAGAUCCAUAUUUGAUGUUGCUGACAUUACGCUCGACACCUUUAGAAAAUGGCUACAGCCCGGCUGAAUUACUUAUGGGGCGGAAAAUCAGAGGUGUUGUUCCGAUUGCUCCAAGCCUGCUGACUCCAUCUGUACCAGAUCAAGAAAAGGUGUUUCAGAAAGAAAAACAGAAGAAACUAUCAGAAAAGGAAUGGUUUGAUAGACGUCAUAGGGCAAAAAGUCUCCCAGAGUUGUCAGUAGGCCAGAAAGUUUGGAUCUCCGAUCGUCGAGAAGAGGGGGAGGUGGAAAGCAAACACGAGUCCCCUCGCUCAUACAUGGUUAGAAGUCCGGGUGGGCUUUUCCGUAGGAAUAGAAAAUUCCUACACCGCCUUCCCUCAUGCUCUAACAAUGAAAAUUCGCAGGCGCUCUUGGAGGAAGCUGAACAUGACUCACCUCAACAGUCUAACAGUGAGCCUACAGAUUCCACACCAUGCGUCCUCGUAGAACCUCCGGCCCAGGAACCUGCUUCUGAAGUCCAACCCCUUCGCAGAAGCAAUCGGGAAAUCCAUCCACCAGUACGUUUGGAUCUUUAA